AUGCCUGAUUCCAUCUUUUUGUGCAUCAAACACUAUGAGACAGCCCAUGAAAUGUUCAACUACCUAGCAACUACAUAUGGUGACCCAAAUCCUACCUCCAUUCCUGUGAAAUGUGUCAGCACACCAGCUGAACAGUUGAGCACUGGCAAGGAUGAACCAGAGGGAACAAAUGAACCACAAGAUGAGACACUUGCACCACAUGUGAAGCCUGAUGAACUGUCAAGUGAGCCACCUAAGGAGGUGAUGCUCAAGGGGAACAGUAAUGAUGAGGUGAGAAGUGGUGAUGAAGUAAAAGCUGAGGCUACAGUUGAGGUGGUCCAGGUGAAAUCAGUUGAAGUCAAGGGUGAGACAUCUGGGAUGGUUAGUGAAAACAAAGCUGUGAAGAGAGGUCUGGGUGAGGAAGCCACAGAUGAGACUGACAGCCAGGAUAUCACAGCCAAGGAGAUGGUGAACCUCAAGGCAGAUGGUGGGGACACAGAGAUCUGCCACACAUCAAACAGGCCAGAACACAAACAACUGGAAAGGGCUGACAAUGAUAGGCUGGCCAGGAUCAUCAAGGUGAAAGUGCUGCCAAGUGAUGGAGCAUCCAGCCACCCCCAAACUCGGAGAAUGGAGCUCAAGGGGGAGAGGGAUAGCAGCUGUGUGAGCAGCACCAUGGAUCAACUGAGCAGCAGCACAGAUGUGCCACAACACUGUGUAGAUGACCCUAGCAGCAACACAAAGGACACAGGUGGCAGCAUGGAUGUGCUGCAGCACCAUACAAGUGACCCUGGUCACCAUGCACACAAGAGAAGGGCAUGCAUGAGUGCCAGAGACCUGCCAAACAGUCUCCAGACACCAGCUGAACACCUGAGGGAGGGAGUCAGCACUACAGCUGCUAAACAGCAUGCAGUGGGGGAGACAAGCUGCAAGGAGUCAGAUGGGCAUGCCAAACCCAAGGUCACAGCUGAGCAAUGCAAAUGUGAGGCUAUUGAGCCAGUGCCAGACCUAACUCUUCAAAUGGAACACAGUCAACCCAAACCCCCUAUGACAAACUACAUACUGGAGUCACCAACUGAGCAGGGACGAGUACCACUCGAGGGGGAGUAUGGUGGUAAUGCAAGUGGCUAUGCAAAUGGCCAAAACACCAGUGGAAAGGAUCUUCGAGAUCACACAAACAAGUCAGCUGGUAGUGAGAGCCAUCAGCACAUGAUUACAAAGAUGCUGGAAGUGUCAAGGGUCAGUGGCAGAACAGUUGAGAAUGGGAGGGAUGCACCAAAAGUGCAAGUGCAGCCAGUAAAGGCUGGAAACAACCAGGACAGUGGUGGCAGUCACAACACUGGCCCACACAGAGUUGAGGACAUGUCACUACCCAUGGCUGCGACUCAGUACACCUAUGGAGACACCCUCAACAGGCCAGAGCUGUGCAGCAGUGCACCUGGAGGCACAGGACUGCAUGUCAAGCAGGGUUGCACAUUGGCAAUAAUAAAUGAGACCUGUGGGUGUCAGUACACACCAGAGGAGCACCCAAAGGAAGGAAUUGGCACUACAGCUAUUGAACAGCAUGCAGUGGGGUCCAGCAAGGUGCAAGAGGUCAAGAUGCUGCAAAAUGAGUGCAAUUGUGCACCAGCAAUACCACAAGAAUCCUAUCAAGGUUGGCACAUGCUCAAGAGCUUACCUGAUGAUGAAGCUAGGGAGCCAGAAGUGCAUGGAGGCACUGAAACUUCCCAGACAGUCAGUGGAGAUGUCAAAGGGAGCACAACAAGGCUGGAGACAGGGCCUACCAGCGCUAAGACAGCCAAGGCACAAGCAUGCCUGCUGGACACAGAAUCAGGGCCAAGGGAGGCCAGUGACAAGGGGAGCAUGUAG